AUGUCAAAUGACUCGCUCACCAUCCAUAUGUGCUACAUGACGCAAACCACCAAUGCUAUUUCUGGCCCAUUGCUAUUGGCCUCUGGGUGCUUGAUAUUCCCUUUGCAAGCACGCAUGCUGUACGAGCGGUACAGAUUUCAAUGUCACUCGGAGUCUGACGCUCUCCCAGCCAGACCCUCUGCUUCUCCCUAUGCAAUACUGGAGAUCCUUGGGUGCUACAACCAACUCAUUGACCGUGAUCAGGUCCACACCAGACACGACGUUUACAUCGCCUACACAGUACAAAACUUCAAGUUCGUAGAGUGUGCCUAUGCAGACAGAGGCCAGGUAUUCAUCCUUACGGAAUACGGCACUAUCAACACGAGAGGCCCCAUUGUCAUUGUCUAUGACCCUUUCGUCACCCUUGCAUUGUAUCGCACAGCUUGCUUGUCUGACAUGCGUGACGUGAUGGGUGUUGCAGUGAGGCUGGGCGCCAGGUUCAAUCUCGUACAUGCCAUCCCAAACAAUUCACCCCCGAUGACGACUUGCAGAAGAAAACACGUCUGCAUGCAAGGUCACAGAUACGCCUCCUACGUGCGUUGCCACAAUGUGUUCCUCCGCAAUGAGAGAGGGCACAUUGCUAUCAAAGCUGGCGGUCUCAUGGCACGUCUCGCAGUAGGAACAGUCAACCCCAAUAACAUCUACAACAGCGCAAUUGCAGGGGGCGAUCGCAAAAUUGCCAUGUUUGGCUGUUUACUAUACCUGCCCAUGUUCAAGGAAGCUGUCCUCAUGGUGGCUGACACCCGACAUUUGGGCGGGUUAUGGCAGGAUCAACUCGAACAAAAUGCAGUUGACCGGGCGCCGACAAAGACAGAGUGGAGGGAGCGCCUGUGCCCUGUUUUGGCUGCCUCUCGCCAUCUCAUGGAUGGGUGCUGCAAGCAUGCUUAUAGAUUCAUGACUGAGCGCAUGUAG